GAAUUAACCUCUGAAAAUGACAGCGAUAGCGAGGUGGUUCAGCCGAAGGCUGUGAUGGACCGCCUCGAUAUAAGCCUUGUGUUGGCUAAACUACCUAAGCUGAGUGAGCUGACUCUCUCAUAUACGAUGAAGGACUGCGGGAUGAACUUCGAGUGGAUAUUGUUUCAGUUCACCGGCAAAGACUGCCUCAAUCUUUCGAGAGGCGUACGAGCGCACUCUAAUCUUAGAGUGCUGGUGUUGACCCAAAGCAGAGUAGACUGUGAAAGAUGUCGUGUAUUGGUCUCGCAUUUGCUCGAUCAUUCAACCCUCCAGGUGCUCGAUCUGUCGCACAACCUGAUUGCCGAUAGGGGUGGAAGGGCUCUUGGAAAACUGCUGAAUGGGCGGUGCCAGUUGGUUAGCCUUCGCCUGGCCAACAACUGGCUCCACGGACCUGGAGGGCAGGCGCUGGCUCACGCACUGUCCAAGCCAGCCUGUAAACUCAUCGAACUAAAUCUACGCCUUAACCGGAUGCAGGAUGAUGGAGGCGUUGCAAUUGGCAAGGUGGAGUACAUUUUAUAG